GAAAGGAUAGAAAAAGCAUUGUGUGUAAUGGAGUGCUUUGGAGCUUACACCGUAGGAGCCGAGCUAGAGCGCGAGGCGUAUUGGCCCCAAGCCAAGCUCCGGAUUUCCAUCUCCGGCGCUGGAGGAUUCAUCGCCUCGCACAUAGCGCGGCGGCUCAAGGCGGAGGGACACUACGUGAUCGCGUCCGACUGGAAGAAGAACGAGCACAUGAGCGAGGACAUGUUUUGCCACGAAUUCCAUCUCGUGGAUCUGCGCGUCAUGGAGAAUUGCUUGGCGGUGACAAGGGGCGUGGAUCACGUCUUCAAUCUCGCGGCGGACAUGGGCGGAAUGGGAUUCAUCCAGUCCAAUCACUCUGUGAUUCUCUUCAACAACACCAUGAUCAGUUUCAACAUGCUCGAGGCGUCCCGGAUCAAUGGAGUCAAGAGAUUUUUUUAUGCGUCCAGUGCAUGCAUUUACCCCGAGUUUAAGCAGCUGGAGACUAACGUGAGUUUGAAGGAGUCAGAUGCAUGGCCAGCAGAACCCCAAGAUGCCUAUGGACUGGAGAAGCUGUGCACUGAAGAGCUGUGCAAGCACUACACCAAGGAUUUUGGGAUCGAGUGCCGCAUUGGACGAUUCCACAACAUCUAUGGGCCCUUUGGGACCUGGAAAGGUGGACGAGAGAAGGCUCCGGCUGCGUUUUGUCGAAAGGCUCUGACCUCCACCGAUUCGUUUGAGAUGUGGGGCGAUGGAAUGCAGACGCGAUCCUUCACCUUCAUCGACGAGUGCGUGGAGGGCGUCUUGCGACUCACAAAGUCCGAUUUCCGGGAGCCGCUCAACAUUGGAAGCGACGAGAUGGUGAGCAUGAACGAGAUGGCGGAGAUCAUACUCGGAUUUGAGAAGAAGCAAAUCCCGAUCCGCCAUAUACCUGGGCCGGAGGGAGUUCGCGGGAGAAACUCGGAUAACAGUUUGAUCAAGGAGAAACUCGGAUGGGCUCCCUCGAUGCGAUUGAAAGAUGGGCUGCGGAUCACUUACUCGUGGAUUAAGGAGCAGCUUGACAAGGAAAUUGGCGAGGGAUCUCAAGACUUACUUGCGGGUUACAGCUCCUCCAAGGUUGUGGGAACUCAAGCUCCAGUCCAGCUUGGUUCUCUCAGGAAGGCCGACGGAAAGGAGUAAAUCCAUAACAUUUUUGAAUCUAAAAGAACGCAAAAAUUUCAAUGUAGUUUCGUUUUUUUAAAUUGGAGGAAUAUUAUUACCCUAAAGGUAUAUUCGUGAGGUUUAGGGCUUGCUUGU